UAAACAGCAGUGUAGCGGUGGCAAGCAGCAUCCAUUUUUUACUGAAGAGAAGUCUGUUUUUUAAGCUGUCAACAUGGGGGCCGUUUUAGGGCUUUGUUCCAUGGCAAGCUGGAUCCCCUGCCUGUGUGGCACUGCGCCCUGUCUGCUGUGCAGGUGCUGCCCCAGUGGCAACAACUCCACGGUGACGCGCCUCAUCUACGCCUUCUUCAUGCUGAUGGGGGUGGCCCUGGCCUGCAUCAUGCUCAUGCCGGGCAUGGAGAGCCAGCUGAAGAAGAUUCCAGGUUUCUGUGAGGGCGGUAUGGGCUCGUCCAUCCCGGGCGUGGAGGGCCACGUGAACUGUGACGUGCUGGUGGGUUACAAGGCCGUGUACCGCGUCUGCUUCGGCAUGUCCAUGUUCUUCCUCCUCUUCUCCCUCAUCACCAUCAAGGUCCGCAGCAGCCAGGACCCCCGCGCCGCUCUGCAUAACGGGUUUUGGUUCUUCAAGUUUGCCGCCGCUGUCGCCAUCACUGUGGGAGCCUUCUUCAUUCCCGAGGGCCCAUUUACGACCGUCUGGUUCUACGUGGGCAUGGCGGGCGCCUUCUGCUUCAUCCUCAUCCAGCUGGUGCUGCUGAUUGACUUUGCCCACUCCUGGAACGAGUCCUGGGUGGAGAAGAUGGAGGAGGGCAACUCUCGCUGCUGGUAUGCAGCUCUUCUGUCCGCCACGGCACUGAACUACGUCCUGUCCCUGAUUUCGCUGGUCCUCUUCUACGUCUACUACACCCACAGCGACGGCUGCGCUGAGAACAAGACCUUCAUCAGCAUCAACAUGCUGCUCUGCGUCGGAGCCUCGGUCCUGUCCAUCCUGCCCAAGAUUCAGGAGGCCCAGCCCAGGUCUGGCCUGCUGCAGUCCUCUCUCGUCACCCUCUACACCAUGUACCUCACCUGGUCCGCCAUGACCAACGAGCCUGACCGGCACUGCAACCCCAGCCUCCUGGGCAUCAUUGGCGUGAACAGCACCACCCCCGCCGGCCAGGGCCAAGACACCGUGGUGCAGUGGUGGGACGCACAGGGCGUCGUCGGACUCAUCCUCUUCCUCAUGUGUGUCCUCUACUCCAGCAUCCGCAAUUCCUCCAACACCCAGGUGAACAAGCUGACCCUGACCAGCGACGAGUCUGCCCUGAUCGAGGACGGGCCAGCGCACCCCGAGAGCUUCGAGGAGGGCGACGGAGUGAGCCGCGCCGUGGACAACGAGAAGGACGGCGUGACCUACAGCUACUCCUUCUUCCACUUCAUGCUCUUCCUGGCCUCGCUCUACAUCAUGAUGACCCUCACCAACUGGUACAGCCCCGACUCCAAGUACGAGACCAUGACGAGCAAGUGGCCCUCGGUGUGGGUGAAGAUCUCCUCCAGCUGGAUCUGCAUCGCCCUCUACGUCUGGACCCUGGUGGCCCCGUUGGUCCUCGUCAACCGCGACUUCGACUGAUCGCUCCACAGGCAGGCCGGCCAGCCAGCCAGCUAACUACCUAUCCUAUUAGCAUCCCAUACGCAGCUCCCAAGUCGAGCUAAUCCCCUCCCCACCCCCACCCAUGCAUCAUCCUUGUGAAUAAAAAAACAGCUGUGUGUCUUUGGCCAAGGGGUAUGUCCCUUCACCUUGUAAAUAUACUGUAUUGUGUAUGCGCAUUGCAUUCCCAGCAGCUGUUUUAACCUUACCUUGAAUCAUAGUCAGUUUCUUUACAACUGCAUGUUCUGUCAAGUGUAGUGGUGUUUUGUCGUGUGGUGGUUUUUGAUCUUUUAAUCAAAACGACGAGGUCAGUUAUUUUGGCGUCAAGGUGCGGAGGUUGUACGGAGAACAUGGGAGAGUUUGUGUGUGCAGCUUUGUGUUUUUUGAGGGUUUUAAUCCAGCAAAGAGUGAAGGUUGGAGGGAGAACGUAGAUGCGCAAUAGGGGAAAAGGGUCGGACAAGAAUGGACAGUGUAUUUUUUUUUAAGUAUCUCAGGCUGAAUGGUUGAGUUUUUUUUCUUUUUAGCAGCUUUCUCUAGACAAGGGAAUUGUUGAUUUUGAAAUGGCAAGAAUGUCUUGAUAGGCAAAUUUUGGUUUUUAUUUCUCUUCAUUUUAUCUUAUACCUUAACAGUAUGAGCUUUGGAAAUGUGACUGCUCUUUGUUAUUUAGUAUUUGGAGUUUAAGAUUCCUUUCAUUUAUGAAGAGCAAAUCUUAAGUUAUUUCUUAGAAGUUGGCAUGAAAAACCUCUUCUAACGUGGCAUUAGCAUGUAACUGCUGCCACUACAUAGACAAGUAGGGAUUCAGUAAGUAUGCUGUGCUUAUCUUAUUGUUUCGCACCAAAAAAUAGUUGAUGGGACAGGUUUUUUUUGGGAGGGGAGAUUGGGUGUAUGUGGACCGAUGUCGAUGUCACAGUGCUAACCAUUUUUGCAACUUGCACAGGUUAGGUAAAUGUAUGAUUACCAAUGAUUUUAAGUUUAUUUAACUAGUGAAGCUAUUGUUUUUGUUCUUUUGUGCGUUACAGUUUUGCACUGGAAUUGAAAUCCUCCUUAACCUAAGCUGUGUUAGCAUUAGGCUGUUUCUCACCAACGUAACUACUGCUUUUCGUGUUCCCUUGUGGUUUUGCAGGUGGGCAGGUUCAACAAGCAUCACAUCACCCCAGCUACUUCUUUCUCUAGUAUCGUGUUUUUUGCCUUUUAUUAAGUGCAUUGUAAUCUAUUAUCUUCAAUAAACUGAGAAAAGACAAACA